GAGUGGCAUUAGGGUGUGUAACGUCUGACGUAAUUGUAUCACAGAAGCCUUCCUGAUUGGCUCGAACGUGUUGUCGGUGUGCACCAAUGACAGUAAGACGUGUACAAAGAGAUCUCGUCGCGUCGCAGCUUCCUCGCACUUGCCUUCACACCGUCGAGCAGGGGGAGGGCUUUAUGCAGACAAAGCAUGACAAUCUCUUCUGUCACUCACAUAUGGCAGGACGUUUUUUCGCCGGAUUACAGACUAUGUUUUUGCAUCAUCAGUAGAGGCUUUCACUGGAUGUAUUGCAUUUUAGUGGAAUAAUGUGGCACAAAUUGCCCGCGUGGCAGUUGCUUUGGUGGUGGCAUCAUUUCUCCCUUUUGUGGAGUACAAUAGACGGACAGUCCCGCUUCAGCAUCCCGGAGGAAUUAAAACGGGGCUCGGUGGUGGGAAAUCUUGCAAAGGAUUUGGGUUUGGUCGUUUCAGAGCUCCAUCGGCGUAAACUGCGGAUAACGUCGGAGACUGGUAAGCAGUAUUUCAGUGUGGACCUCGGGAAGGGAGACCUGCUGGUGACUGAUCGAAUAGACAGAGAGGAGCUGUGCGGACAAAGAGCGGCAUGUCUGCUCCCCAUAGAGCUGGUAAUAGACAACCCCUUGCAACUGCAUAGGGUUGAGAUUGAAAUAUUGGACACAAAUGAUAACUCUCCUAGUUUCCUUACGAAGGAAAAAAUAUUAAAAAUAGCUGAACAAUUCAAUCCUGGCGCACGGUUUCCUUUAGAAAGUGCACAAGAUCCCGAUGUGGGCCCUAACUCUGUCCGCUCCUAUGUUAUCAGCAAAAAUGACAAUUUUAAAUUAGCUGUGAAAACCCACAAGGAUGGACGAAAAAUCCCCGAGCUGGUGCUUGAAAAGCCUCUCGAUCGAGAAACGCUGCCUGUCCAUCAUCUCAUCCUCACGGCUGUUGAUGGUGGCGACCCGGCCCGGUCAGGGACGUCCCAAAUUACAAUAACAGUCCUUGACAAUAACGACAAUGCGCCCCAGUUCGAGAGGCAACUUUAUGAGGCUAAUAUCAGCGAGAAGGCGAGUCCGGGCGCGCAGAUAUUACAAGUGAAAGCGACAGAUGCAGAUGAAGGACUAAAUGGUCAAGUUGAAUAUAGUUUUGCAGAGCAAACGUCAGAAGAGAUUUUAUUAUUAUUUAACAUUGAAUCUGCAACUGGAGAUAUUACAGUCAAAGGAGAUUUAGACCAUGAAAUGAGUUCUUUACACAGGUUUGACAUUACAGCGAAAGACAAAGGCAAUCCCAAAAUGGAGGGGCACAGUGGCGUCGAAAUAAAAAUCAUUGACGUGAAUGAUAAUGCUCCUGAAAUAAUUGUGACGUCCCUAACGAGCCCGGUGCCGGAGGAUGCGGCUAGGGGGACAGUCAUUGCUCUUAUAAGUACAAGAGACCCCGAUUCAAAGGAAAAUGGCAAGGUUACAUUGCGGCUGCCAUCCGAAUCUCAUUUUAAAUUAAAUUCGUCUGUUUCUAAUCACUACUCAUUAGUGACAAACGGGCCGCUUGAUCGUGAAAUAAAUGACCAGUAUAGUGUUGAGAUUAGUGCCACUGAUUAUGGAAAACCGCCACUGUCGAGUGCAAAAACAAUUGUCGUUAAACUUUUAGAUGUAAAUGACAACCCACCGGUUUUCUCGCAGCCUCGUUACACCAUUUAUGUCAAGGAAAACAGCGCUCCGGGCCAGAUUUUAUGUUCGGUGUCAGCAAGUGACCCGGAUGCUGGUGAAAACGCCAAAGUGUCCUACUCCAUCGUAGACUCGAAAGUGGACGACGUGUCCGUGUCGUCUUACGUUUACGUGAACUCGGAGAACGGCAGCAUUUACAGCAUGCACUCGUUUGACUACGAGAAAGUCAAAGUUUUUCGGGUUCAGGUUGAGGCGAAGGACCAGGGCUCCCCGUCUCUCAGCAGCAACGCCACCGUCCACGUUUUCAUCCUGGACCAGAACGACAACGCCCCCGCUGUCAUAUACCCCUCCCCCCACGCCGCCUCCCACCUGAGGGUGCCCCGCUCGGCCAAGGCGGGCCACCUGCUCACCAAGGUGACGGCCGUGGACGCCGACUCGGGCCACAACGCCUGGAUCUCGUACAAAGUGGCCGCUGUCCAUCCUGCUGGAGGACGGCGUGAGCGAGCCCGUGUUGGAGCUGAGACACAAGGCGUCCGAGCCCAGCAAGAAAGGCGGCAGGAUCACGCUUUAUUUGAUCGUGACUCUGGCCUCGGUAGCAGCACGAGCGGCGCCACUUGCUGCGUGCGGCGGACGCUAUCGGAUGACGACAAGAAGCCCAACAGAAAUUUGCACAUUCAGCUCAACACCGAUGGACCCAUCAAGUACGUGGAGGUUCUGGGAGGAGACGUCAUGUCUCAGAGUCACUCCUUCCGGUCGUGCAUGUCUCCCAUGUCGGAGUACAGUGAUUUCACGUUGGUCAAGCCCAGUAGCACCGCUGACUUUAAGGAGGUCAUCAGCGUCCUGGAUGCUUCUUUGCCUGACAGCACCUGGACCUUUGAGAGCCAGCAGCAGUGA